AUGUUUGGUAACUGGAGGGUAAAAGGAGAGGUGGUGGUGGUGGUAGCAAUGGCAGUGAUAGCGAUGGGUGGUUUAGGUUGGGGAGGGGGAAUUCGGGCUUCUGAUUUUGACGGGCAAGAAGUGUCAUUGAAGCUUCACCAUGAUGGGCAUUUGGGCAAUUUUGAAGGAUCUUCUGGAAAAUCAUAUGAAGUGGUUAGUUAUAAAUUCCCAGUUGUUAACGUGUCAACAGAACGCAACAGGGAAGAGUGCAACAAGGAGCUAGGCACUAGCUUAUCAAACAAACUGAAUCGUUUUCAGUUUCCCAAGUAA